AUAUAUCUCCGUAGCUGACAGAACACGAGGGGUAAGGCUGCGUGGUAGCUACCUAUUUAUUUGCGUACUAUAAUGAGACUGGUAGCAAGGCAAGCUUGAUAACCCUUGCGCAGACGCAUCGACAAGUUACAAGUCAUUUCGUAGGACUUAUGAAAAUACAAUUAGAAAAAGCAAACUUGUCACAAUCAACCAAGCGCAUCUACCUCUUCCUUGAACCCCUCCGUCAAAGCUUCUUCACUACUCUCAUCGUUGCCUACCUUCCUUCUCUUUACAACUUUUCCGUACGCUUCACAAUACCAUCACUUUCUACCACACACAUCACCCACCAUACCCGUCUUUUCUUCUAUUUUCAACUUCUAUUUUCAAUCACCAACAUACCCAAUCACAACAUCACUUCACAACCUGCUUGAACACAAACUCGGUACUGCUGUCAUCAUGGCAUCCAUCGACAAGAAAAACGACAUCACUGAGAAGGAGGCUCAAGUGCUUGCCAUGUCUUGGAAGUGCUUUAAGACCCCCCCCGAGGUUGACUAUGACAAGCUUGCCAAGCUUACAGGCUACACCAACACCAAAAGCGUGCAGAAUGUCCUCUACGCGGUGAAGAAGAAAAUUGAGAAUGGUGACGAGGGUCCAGCCACGCCUGCCAAGCGUACCCCCAAGGCCAAGGCUACUCCCGCCUCACGCAAGCGCAAGGUUGCUCGCAACGAUGAGGAGGAUGGUGACGAUACCAUCACUUCGACUCCGAGAAAGCGCGUUCGUGGCAAGAAGCUAACUCUCUCUAAGGAGACCGCCAAUGAUGAUGAUGACUCUGAGUCUGGAAAGAAGGACAUCACACAGGAGGAUGACAUCGAUGCCAAGGAGGAGAUUGGAGAGGGAAUCGUAGACUAAUGUUCAAUGAAUCAUUGGUAACCCCGGGAACCACUUAGGGAGCAUUGCCUCGUGAUACCAGUCGAUUGAUAUCAGUCAGAAACCGGCUUUACUCUGCCCUGAUAUUCCUUAUUACUUCGAGAUAGCCGAUAUUGAAAACCUCAGAAAGCUCAUAGUGAAUCGUACUUGCUUGGUUUUCCUAUA